UAGUACUCUUUCUAUAUAUGACUUAUAAUUAGUGUAAUUAUAUUCUUAGCAGAAAAGGAUUAAAUUAAUGGCUCUUUUGAAGCUUGGUUCUAAAUCUGAAGCCUUUUGUUGUGAAGGCCAAGCUUGGCGAUGUAAGUCAGGACUUCCAAGUGACAUUACAAUUGAAAUUGGAGAAAUGUCAUUUUAUCUACAUAAGUUCCCUUUGCUAUCAAGAAGUGGACUACUAGAAAAGCUGAUGAAUGAUUCAAGAAAAGACGAUGAUAUAUCGUUAUGUGUUAUUCAGCUUAGUGAGAUACCUGGUGGAGCUAAAGCAUUUGAGUUAGUAGCAAAGUUCUGUUAUGGUGUUAGAUUUGAACUUACUCCUCUAAAUGUAGUUGCACUUCGAUGUGCAUCUGAGUAUUUGCAAAUGACAGAUGAAUAUGGUGAAGAAAACCUCGUAUCACAAACCGAGUCAUUCCUUAAUGAUGUUUUUAGUAAUUGGACAGAUACAAUCAAAGCAUUAGAAACUUGUGAAGAAGUGUUGUCAUAUGCUGAAGAGCUUCACAUUGUGUCGCGAUGCAUAAAUUCAUUAGCGAUGAAAGCUUGUAGUGAUUCUAAGUUGGUUAAUUGGCCUGUGAUGGAGAAUGGUAACGAUAGUGGUGAUGUAUGGAAUGGUAUAAGCACGGGGAGUAAGACACAACCGAUGAUGACUGAUGAUUGGUGGUACGAGGAUGUGUCAUUCCUCAGCUUACCUUUGUAUAAACGUUUGAUUCAGGCUGUUGAAGCUGGAGGAAUGAGGGCUGGGAACAUAUCGGGUGCACUCGUGUUUUAUGCAAAGAAAUAUGUUCCUUUAAUGAAUAGGCAAUCGAGCUUUAAGGACGUUACUCAUGCUAAAUCAGGUUCUACUCCGUCUGAGGCUGAUCAAAGGGCGCUUUUAGAAGAGAUUGUUGAGUUGUUACCGAAACAGAAAGGUGUAACGGAGACUAGAUUUCUCCUCAGGCUGUUACGUACUGCUAUGAUGUUGCAGGCUAGUCCAUCUUGUCGAGUAAAUUUGGAAGGAAGAGUCGGGUUGCAGUUAGAUCAGGCUAUACUUGAUGAUCUGUUGAUACCAAAUAUCGGUUACACAGUUGAGACUUUAUAUGAUAUCGACUGUUUUCAGCGUAUUCUAGAUCAUUUCUUGUUAAUAGAUCAGGCUUCAGCUGCAGUAUCUCCAUGUAUAAUGGAAGAGAAUCAGUUGAUUGAAGGUACUCAGUCUUUGGCUUCAAUAACAAGAGUGGCUAAUCUCGUGGACUCGUAUCUUGCUGAAGUCGCGCCUGAUGUUAAUUUCAAGUUCCCAAAAUUUCAGACUCUUGCUUCUGCUAUCCCUGAAUAUGCUAGGCCUGUCUCGGAUGGUAUCUAUCGUGCAAUCGAUAUAUAUUUGAAGGCACAUCCUUGGCUGACAGACAUUGAAAGAGAGCAAAUCUGCAGGCUAAUGAACUGCCAGAAGCUGUCGUUAGAGGCCAGCACCCACGCUGCUCAAAACGAGAGGCUUCCCCUAAGGGUGAUUGUUCAAGUACUGUUUUUUGAACAGCUACGUCUACGUACAUCAAUCUCAGGAUGGUUCUUUGUGUCGGAAAACCUUGAAAACUCCCAAAAUGUUAGCGGAGCAAAUGGACAACACGGGGACAAUGGUACACGAGGCAGAGGAAGGAGCGUUGAGGACAUGAGGGAACGUGUUUCCGAGCUUGAAAAAGAGUGUAACAACAUGAAGGAAGAGUUCCAAAAGACGGUGAAAACAAAGAGGAGAUGGAGUAUAUUUUUCAGGAGAAAAUCUCAGUGUAAUUCAAAAUCAGGUAAGCCUAGUGAAGAUGCAACAUCUCAAAAUGUUCCAUCAAAAGUUUAAACACUAAUAAAACUGUUUUUGGAGUUUCUCAAUAUCAAUGAUUUCAAA